ACGAAGUUUUGAAUCAGGACAACAAUAUAGUGGAGCUACCUAGGCCUCUCCAUCCAAAUAACUAAGCAUAUCCUUCUUCCUUCAAUUCUUUCCUUUCUAAAUGCAGGCCUUGUAACAAUGGCGCUCUUCAACUCAGUUUCACACCUCCAAACACAAAUGUUCCCCUCUCUUCUCAUUAGCAUCUUUCUUUUCCCUUACCUUCUGCAAAAUGUUGUGUCAGUUUCCUUCAACUUUAGCAAUUUUACUCCGAAUAUGAAUAAGUUGCAUUUCGAAGGUGAUGCAUUUCCUUCAUCAGGAGUUUUACAACUAACAAAGAAUCAAGUUGAUGGUCCGCUCACUAGUAGCACCGGUCGAACUUCCUACGCUCAACCUGUGCGCCUUUGGGAUGCCAGCACGGGGAAGCUCACUGACUUCACCACUCAUUUUUCAUUUGUCAUGAAAGCAGUAGAUGAGUCAUACUCUGGUGAUGGCAUAUCUUUCUUCAUUGCACCAUUUGAUUCACAGCUCCCUUCCAAUUCUAGUGGUGGGUUGCUUGCACUAGUUAGCUAUGAUACUGCUUUUGAUGCUUCCAAAAAUAAAUUUGUUGCUAUUGAGUUUGACAGCAAUGAAGAUAAGUGGGAUCCAAGUGAUAAUCAUGUAGGGAUUGAUGUCAAUUCAAUUGUCUCCGUGACUAAUAUCACAUGGAAAACCACCAUAAAAAAUGGAUCAGUAGCAAAUGCAUGGGUAAGUUAUAACUCGAUCACCCAUAAUUUGACUGUUUUUUUAACUUACGCCAAAAAUCCUACAUUCACUGGUGAGAAUUGUAGCCUUUCGUACGUAGUUGAUUUGAGGAAUGAGUUGCCUGAGAAAGUGAGAGUUGGUUUCUCUGCCGCCACGGGUUAUUUGAUCGAAGUACACAACAUUCUGUCCUGGUCAUUUAGUUCAAGCUUGGAGAGUAAUAAUGGAGCAAACAAAGUGAAGUUGGCAGCUGGUCUAGGCAUUGGUUUUGGUGUCUUAACUUGCGGACUAGUUCUGUUCUGGUUAACCAGAUGGAGAAAGAAGGCUGCCAACAGAGAUGACGAUUAUGACAUGUCUAUGGAUGAUGAAUUUGACAAAGGAACGGGGCCUCGGAGGUUCACCUACCGCGAAAUAAGCCGUGCAACAAACAGCUUUGCUGAAGGAGGGAAGCUUGGAGAGGGAGGCUUUGGGGGUGUCUUCAAGGGUUUGUUGAGUGAAUCCAACACAGAAGUUGCUGUGAAGAGAGUGUCUAGAACAUCAAAGCAGGGGAAAAAGGAGUACGUGGCGGAAGUGAGGAUCAUCAGUCGAUUAAGGCACAGAAAUUUGGUUCAACUAAUUGGUUGGUGCCAUGAAAAAGGUGAGUUUCUUCUUGUGUAUGAGAUCAUGCCAAAUGGGAGUCUUGAUUCCUAUUUGUUUGGAAAGAGCUACAGUCUAAGUUGGCCGGUGAGGUACAAAAUAGCACUUGGCUUGGCCUCGGCUGUUUUGUACCUUCAUGAGGAAUGGGAGCAAUGUGUGGUGCAUAGAGAUAUCAAGUCAAGCAAUGUGAUGCUGGAUGCAAAUUUUAAUGCCAAGCUUGGCGAUUUCGGGCUUGCAAGGCUUGUAGACCAUGAGUUGGGUUCACAAACAACUGUCUUGGCAGGCACAAUGGGGUAUCUAGCCCCAGAGUGUGUCACAACUGGUAAGGCUAGCAAAGAAUCUGAUGUUUAUAGCUUUGGGGUAGUUUCCCUUGAAAUCAGUUGCGGAAGAAAACCAGUUGAAGCCAAAGCAGAAGCAAGCAAAGUGAGGCUUGUGGAGUGGGUUUGGGAUCUCUACGGGAAAGGCCAAAUACUUGAAGCUGUUGAUGAGAGGUUGAGGAUGAUAUAUGAUGAGAAGGAAAUCAAGUGCUUGAUGGUUGUAGGGUUAUGGUGUUGCCACCCUGAUCCCACUGUUCGACCUUCGAUUAGGCAAGUGAUCAAUGUUCUCAGUUUUGAAGCUCCAAUGCCAAGCCUCCCAUCAAAGUUGCCUGUGCCGAUGUACUUUGCUCCGUUGGAUAUGUGCCAGUUCUCUUAUACAUCAUCUAAGUUGACAGGGUCAUCGGUUCAGGAUCGGACUCAUUGUUCUUGUUCUACUUGCUCUACAUUCAAUUCAUCAGCAGCAGGAUCUUCAAAAGCUUUGUUGAAGUUGAACAAAUCUAUUUUGUAG